AUACGUCCAGGCGAUCUGAGAAUCUACACGGGAGCGGCUCCUGAGCAAGUAAAGUUCACUUUGUUAGGUUUUCUCAUGAACAAAGAAGUCGGGUGGCCCACAGCUGUCACGGCAAAACCGAAAAGCUCACGGCAAAACCAAAAACCUCACGACAAAAACAAACUACCUCACGGUAUUUGGUUUUGCCGUGAGGUUUUCGGUUUUGCUGUGAGGUUUUCGGUUUUCCUGUGAGGUUUUCGGUUUUGCCGUGAGGUAUUUUGUUUUUGCCGUGAGGUUUUUGGUUUUGCCGUGACAGUUGUGGGCCACCGUAAAAGAAGACAGGACCAGACAGCAAUCUCUCGGAACAGUACGAUUCCCGCCAAACCGCGUCUUCCUCCUCUGAUAAGAGACUGGGGAAGUCAUGAAAAGACGGAGCUCUCACUUUCCCUCCCCUCCCCCGUUGUAAAAAGAAUCCGAUUGACUUUUUUCGCUGAUAAGGAGAUUCAGGAGUUCGCGACCGAUGGUUUGUCUUCGCAGUGUAAUUUUGACCUGACUUUUGCACUUGGCAGGUAUCAAGGUAAGCAAAGUAUACGUUAAAAGUACGAUUCGUAGUUUGUAACGGCAAUUUUUAGUGAAUUCCCAUUUCAUAUGGAAUAUUUGGCCCGAGAUCUGUGCUCAUCCAUUCAGCUGUUUGUCAGCUCGCUAUCUGCAACUAUGGUUGGCUGUCAUAAUAUAAUCAAGUUUAAACAUCGUAUUUUGUCUAUAUUUUUUGACAAAUCGAUUGUCAGACUGUUUAAUUUGAAAUACAUUAAGAAGACAUAGUCUGUUUGUUUGGGGCUUCAUCAAGAUAGGUUUCUUGGAAUUUGGCGUACAAUCUGUCCGAUCCUGCGCUCUUCCUGAAUCUUUGAAUGGUUUGGCAGCAUAUUCUGAAUGUUUGCAAAAUCGAUUGGGAAUUUUGGGUCACCAAAAUCGUUAACAAUCAACUAUGUACUUAAAUUUCCUGUAUGUGGUUUAAAGCAAGAAAUUUUGAAGCUAAGACCAUAUGAUAACUAUUUUCAUUACAACAAAGUAGUGCUGUUUGUGCUUUGUUCCUAGAAACAGGAAGUAGCAUUUAGACUCAUUCAUCAAUCGGUCAUUUCCGCGUUUUGUUGACAACACUAAAAACCUUAGUUCGGAUUUGAUCAGAGGGUAUUGGGCUUAAUUGCAUGUGUGAAGGAACACUUUUCUUAGGCUACUUUUUAGGUUUAUUGACUAAAGCAUCUCAUUUGCUUAUCUGAUAAGUUAAAGAAGCAUCUCUGAAUUUUAUUUACAAAUGAGUCAUUUUUUCACCGUUGUUUGGCACUUUGUUUUUGACUGACAAAAGCACCCUAUGUUGACUUAGUUGUGCCCAGCUACUAUGGUCUACUGCGAAGACAGGCAGAGGUCAAGAAAACAAUAGGUUCAGGCUUUAUACCAUCCAGCUUCCUAUCGGCUUGUUACUUUCCCUCCGUUUCUCCAUAUAUAUCAUUCAAGAUUAGGUCAACAAUGAAUCACGAUGCUUCUCUGGAAACUGAUAUUCAGAAAAAACAAAUUGUUAAGUCAACUUAACUCGUCUCUGGCUAUGUAACUGAAUUGUGCUCAUUCAGGUAUGGUUUGAAAGAUCUCCCACCUCCCCCUGCACAAGUCACAGGUCAAAGUCAUCCACAUGUACUUGUGACAUCAUGGGCGCUUUCCAUUCGACCAAAAAUUCCGGAAAUUCCGGGUUUGGGAGCGAAUGGAACAGACAUUUUCCGGAAUUUAAUUCCGAAAUUUUGGGUGUACCUCGCGAGGUCAGCCUAAAAUUCCGGAAAAUCGGAAUAACCGGAAAAUUCCGUUCCAUUCGACCAUUCCUGAAGUGACCCUUAAACUCGUCAGGAAAAUAGAGAGGUAUCGUGCCCUCAAAGUAGUCACGGACUCAGUUUAAAUUCCUACGCAUGUAGGAGCUACCCACACUGAACAGCGUUAUGUCCUUGUCCUCGUCCAAUACUUCACUUAUUUCAACUUCAUAGUCGUCGAGCAACUCUAAAGCAAGUAAAAUAGACAAAGAGUCCGCCAUUUUUUGAUUCCUCUGUUUAUUUCGUAUUUUCGCGGGAAAAUUGGUACGUGAUGGACUGGGACGGCUUGGUUCAAACCAACCGGAAAAUACUGUUCCAUUCGUCACAUGGAAUACUCGAAAUUUCAUUCCGGAAUUUUUGGUCGAAUGGAAAGCGCCCCAUACGUUUAAAUAGUCAUUGUACAUUAACAAGAGACAUUGAUCCAAAUGUGCAUUCAUGGGUGUUUGAGGUGUCAUUGGGUUGAAUCUAUGGCAAGAAUAGAAUAGAACAGAAUAUAGAAUAUUUUUUUUGCAGGUACAAAUGUUAUAAGAUCUCUCGAACAUGGCAUCUGCAAGAAUUCGAAAACUUACUAUUUUUGUGAGAUUCAACUCCAGUACGAACAUACCAGUCCAAAUCGAACCCCAGUGGAAUGUGUUAAAAUUAAAAGAGGAGAUUGGUCAGAGACAGGGAGUAGAUCCUAAAGAUAUUAGAAUUGUAUUUGCUGGNGACAAAGAGUCCGCCAUUUUUUGAUUCCUCUGUUUAUUUCGUAUUUUCGCGGGAAAAUUGGUACGUGAUGGACUGGGACGGCUUGGUUCAAACCAACCGGAAAAUACUGUUCCAUUCGUCACAUGGAAUACUCGAAAUUUCAUUCCGGAAUUUUUGGUCGAAUGGAAAGCGCCCCAUACGUUUAAAUAGUCAUUGUACAUUAACAAGAGACAUUGAUCCAAAUGUGCAUUCAUGGGUGUUUGAGGUGUCAUUGGGUUGAAUCUAUGGCAAGAAUAGAAUAGAACAGAAUAUAGAAUAUUUUUUUUGCAGGUACAAAUGUUAUAAGAUCUCUCGAACAUGGCAUCUGCAAGAAUUCGAAAACUUACUAUUUUUGUGAGAUUCAACUCCAGUACGAACAUACCAGUCCAAAUCGAACCCCAGUGGAAUGUGUUAAAAUUAAAAGAGGAGAUUGGUCAGAGACAGGGAGUAGAUCCUAAAGAUAUUAGAAUUGUAUUUGCUGGGCGAGAACUAAAGGAUGACCUCAGACUAAAGGUACCCUGAAAUAUACAUUGAUCUUGGUUAAAUGUAUAUACAGUCAAGUAAUUGUAGUUAGGUGUCCCCAAACCUUGCCCGUCCCAUAACAUAUAAGACAAAACUGUUCUGGAACCAAAUGUUUUCCAGCAGAUCUGUUAUGUAUGAGAGACAAGAGACUAUAUCUUCUUGGAGGUCUGUAAAAUAAACUCAAACCAAUUUAAAAAAAAGAAAAGUACUUUUCCCUGAAAUCUUUGAUCCCAUAAGAAUGGAAAACAGCAGAGACAAGGUUGUACAUGCAUAUAGUUAUGAAGACUUCAAAUGCAUUUGGAAAACUUCAGAGGUUUGCAUAUACAAUAUGGGUUCUCUAUGAAAAAUCCUCUCAGGACAAAUAACUUAUGCCUUUGAGUUAAAAAAAGUUAGCAGGUGUUCUCUUAUCUUUAAUACCCAGAUUCAUACUACCAAACCUAUAACUUGUGAAACCCUCUGUUAAAAAUGAUCGUUAUUAUCAUUGAUUAUGAUAAUGAUUUGAUUUAUCAGGAUGCAGAUAUUCCCAACCAAAGUGUCAUUCAUGCUGUGCGUGGAGGUCGCUGGUCUGCAAGGCAAACUAGGGGUGCAGCAACCCCAUUGUCCAAAGUUUGUCUUGAUACUGUUGGAGAGGAGAUGGAAGAAGAAGCUGCAGAGAAUGGUACAGUUGGAGGUAACACCUUCUUACUAUAGUAAUGUUGAUAAUUUCACUGCAUUGCCUGACUACUUCACUGAGUGUUUUAUCCUUCCUUUUAUCCUGGAUAAAUAUUUGAUCAUUAUUAUAAUAUUAUAAUUAUUAUAAUAUUGUUAUUAUAAUUAUUAUAUAUUGUUACACCAAAUGCCUUUUAUGUGAUGAAAGAUUACCAACAAACCUUGGCUACUGGCAGUAUUGUUUGCCGUUCCGAUAAAAGAAAAAUAUAUUUGUAUAAUCUUGGUAUUUGAUACGAUGAUACAGAUUUUGACCAUUCAUCAUUUCAUUCUUUAGAGUCGUAACAUCCAUCUUUGCCUAGGCAACAAUAGCAGACACUACAAAGCUCUCUAUGUCUCAUGUUCUUUUCAGAUAGCAAUGUGGGUUUUCUCUUGCAUGACAACUGGAGAAAAACCUGUCUACAAAAAUUCAGAAUAAUGGUGGCAAAGAAUUAGAAAUACUAUCGUCAGUUUCACACUUGAAGCAUUGCUUUGUUCCAUACAUUUCAGCAUCUGCAAAUCAGCCUCGCCGAGCAAGCUAUUUUGUUUACUGCAAAACUUGUAAAGAUAUUACCCCAGGAAAGCUAAGGGUUUGUUGUUCACGCUGUCGUGAAGGAGCAAUGGUUCUAUAUCAGGUAUGGGUAUUUAGUUUUUUAGUUACAAUUUUAUCAAGGUUUUCAGUUAUUUUCUUGCAUGGUUGAAUGUUAAACCUAACGUAAUGUAACCUAAUUUUUAGGAUGGAAAGUUCUCUAUAAUUUCUUGUGUAGAAUUAAAAGUAAAAUCUAUGGAAAAUUUAAUACAAGUCACAGAUCAAAAACGUAGCAUUGUGCUUUAGCUGUACUGACAAUCUGGGCCAAGUUGUUCAAAGCUGGGUUAAGAUAACCCAGGGUUAGUGCGAUAUUUGAAUUAAGAUUUGAAAGCUUAAAAAGCAUUUCAGCUUUAAUUCUUUUUGUCUACAAGUUGAUAAUUGGAAGCUCUAAAACUAGCACAGAAAAUUAUCUGAGAAAAUGCUUUUGAACACAUAUAAAGAAACCCGGGUUAAUUUUAACCCUGGGUUAAGCGCUAAUCAGCCUUCGAACAACUCGGCCCUGAUCUGAGGAGGCCGGGUCUUAAUAAGGCCUUUUUUGCAUUAUAUUCUGCCAGCUCUCAUUCUUUCUCUCUUUUAUAUAUCUGCAUGCAUUCUUAAACUCCUCCCUUCUUCUGCCUAUUGCUUUCCCAAUCACUUCCUACUUAGUAGGUUUUUAUGUAAUGUUUACAAAACAACUAGUANAACCUAAUUUUUAGGAUGGAAAGCUCUCUAUAAUUCCCGUGUAGAAUUAAAAGUAAAAUCUAUGGAAAAUUUAAUACAAGUCACAGAUCAAAAACGUAGCAUUGUGCUUUAGCUGUACUGACAAUCUGGGCCGAGUUGUUCAAAGCUGGGUUAAGAUAACCCAGGGUUAGUGCGAUAUUUGAAUUAAGAUUUGAAAGCUUAAAAAGCAUUUCAACUUUAAUUCUUUUUGUCUACAAGUUGAUGAUUGGAAGCUCUAAAACUAGCACAGAAAAUUAUCUGAGAAAAUGCUUUUGAACACAUAUAAAGAAACCCAGGUUAAUUUUAACCCCGGGUUAAGCGCUAAUCAGCCUUCGAGAAACUCGGCCCUGGUCUGAGGAGGCCAGGUCUUAAUAAGGCCUUUUUUGCAUUAUAUUUCGCCAGCUCUCAUUCUUUCUCUCUUUUAUAUAUCUGCAUGCAUUCUUAAACUCCUCCCUUCUUCUGCCUAUUGCUUUCCCAAUCACUUCCUACUUAGUAGGUUUUUAUGUAAUGUUUACAAAACAACUAGUAGGAGCGUAUUAUCAGGGUUAAAAACUUGAGGUGAAGCCGAGAGUUUUUAAACUGAUAAUACACGACUGCGAGUUUUUUGAAUGGCUUCAAAAUCUCUGAUAUAGAUAAACUCAUUCUUGCACUAAUAUUUAGAUUUGGGGCUAUUUGAAACACUUAACAGGAUAUAUACUCUGUUAUUCCUGCUGCACGUCUGCUUUCACUAGAGGUUCUCUGGACAGUCAUAUCCUAUUUCAGAGAGUCUGCCAUUUUCCACAAAACAUAUUCCACUGCUAUUUAUAGUAUACAGAAAACACUGAUUAAGCAAUUAAGUAUCAUGGCAAUACUUAAGAUGAUCAUGACUCUGCCUUUUCAUGAACAAACUGCCCUCAGAUACAAUAAAUUUAACAUCUUGAUUUCAUGAUUUUUAUAUUGACUUGCAACAUCUAGCUUAUACAGUGUCUUUGCAAGACUGUCAUGUAAGCAGAUAUCAAUGAAAAGUAAUGAGGCACCAUUUCUUUCACAUCAAUUUUUUUUAUGUUUGCAUUCAACCUGCUGUUCUUCCAGACUGGAAGCAAACGACAGACCAUAAAAAUAAGUUCUAAUUCCACCAUUGUCUUCCUUUUCCAGUUCUGUAUUGAAAAAAAAUCAAUCAAUUUUCGGUCCAAUUAGAUGUAGUCAAAACUUUAAAAAAUGGAGCUUUUUUGCUAAACUCACCACAAAAUGUAGUUCCCUAAUUUGUCGUAGAAUGUUGAGUAGUACUUCCAGACGGUUAUGACCUCUGUUUUCAUUGGCCUAAAUAUAAAAGCAGUAGCUUCUUUUGUAUUUAGGGCUAGGGGUAUUGUUUGUGUUGAAUUAUCUAUUGUUUCGUUCUUCAAUCACAGACCAUGUCUGGACAGCUACUGACCUUCUUAAAUGUUGCCUAAGUUUUUCCCCGUACCGUAAGUGAAGUUUCAGACUUUUGUCAGCAGACUCUUUUUGUCAUGUGUCAAUAGGUCCACCACAGGCUACCCAGUUCUUAUUUCAUUUCUUACCUUGUACACAGGACCCUAACAGCUGGGAUGAUGUUCUGAAGCCUGCUAGAAUAAGAGGAUCAUGCAAAAGUCCAAGAUGUGAAGGAGAUACAGCGGUAUUGGCUAUAUAAACUGUUUUAAAAUGUGUGUUUAGCCUGGGGUGGGCUGUAAAGCAAUACUCAAACUGACGUCACCUAUUGAUAUUAAUGUGUCAACCAGAGUACCAUGUUGGUUCUUGUAACAAAUUAAUUUUCUUACUGUUUCACUUGUUAAAAAUUUGAAAAACAAAUAAGCAAUGUUUGUAAACAGUGAGUAUUGCUAUUCUUUAUGUAAAUUAUGAUGAUGAAGGUUAAUUUUUGUAUAUACAGUGUAUAGUGGGUACCCUGUAGCAGCCUUAUCUAAUAACUUCACUCAUGUAACUUCUUACAUGUACAUGUUGUUGUCGACUGUUUUUUUUGGUAUCAAAUCCCCUCAGAUUUACUUUCAUCAUUUCAGGGCUUCUGGUAUUUUGUAUGGGAUGGCAAUGGGUUACAUAAUCCAUAAGAAAUCCCUCUGGGUUUUUAAUCACAAAUUGCAUAACCUUUGCAAAGCAACAAAUUUAAACAUUCAUUUAGUAACUCUACAAAGUAUUAAACUGUUAAUCAGCAUGCACAACCUCUUAAAUAGUCUACAUUGUAAUUUUGAUGUGAAUCUAAUGAACUUUGUUUUAUACCUAAUUUUCUCUACAGAAAUCACGUAAAGUUUGUUCUGCCACUUUCUUAAAAUUUUACAGUUUUUUUCUUGAUCUUUCGACUUGUGUACACAGGGCUGAUAACUGCAUCAAUUGAUCUUCUGAGUGAGGUCUCCAAGUUGUCUGCGUACUGUGUCGACAGAUUUCUGAAAUAUUACAAAAUAUCAUGGGAUCUCCCAAAAAUUCUGCAUACUUAAUUUGCCUGUACAUGUUUUUUUCUUCAUGAAUUCUUUCACAGGUUUUUUACUUUAAAUGUGCUCAACACCCAACUGAUGAAGGAGACAGAUGUGUAGCCCUUCCUUUAAUUCGUCCAAAUACAAGAGACGUUCCCUGCUUAGCUUGCACAGACACCAAGUAAGUAUGCAGUACUCAUUUAAAUGGAACACUGAUAAUAAGUGAACCUUUUACAAUGAAGUAUGAUAACUUUGCAGGUUUUUGGGCUCCUGAUACACUGAAAACCAACUGUCGUGAAACCACAAUUAUCUUAAUUGUAGAAAUAGAUAUGUAAACUAUGUUUUGGCUGAGUUGAUUAUGAUCUAUUUUGCUUUGUUUUAACAUUUUCAUGACAAAACACAAGAGUGAAAAUCCUCAGUGAAAAAAAAAGGAAGGAAAGAAAGAAAUUAAAUACUGUGAAAGAUGCAAUCGUUGGGGAUCAUGUUUUUGAAACAAGCAGCCAUUGAUCCACCAGUAGUUUUCAACUUCUAGUAACCCCAGCGCUUGUAUUGUACAAGUUGUAGUUAACUUUUAUCUCAGGUAAUUUUUCUUUUUCUUUUGUGUCAACUUCAUUAGCAUACAUUUACAUACCCAAAAACAAAAGAAAAACAAAAAUUACUUGACAUAAAAAAUUAACUACAACAUAUACAUGUACCUAUCCUCCAUCCGUUGUCCUCUGCUCAUGUGCUUUCUCGCCCUUUGACUUGGGGACGAUACUCUCUAACAUGGCCUAUGUGGAGAGGCUCCGCCCAAAGGGGUACCAUUUUUUAGGCUUCAGGUAUAUGAAAGGGUCACGGAUUUCACUAGUUGAAGUACAUGUCUGUAAAAGGACCUAAAGGAGCUAACAGACAAAUCUUAUGACUGUGAAAAAGACAGAAAAACUUGCCUCUUCACGUGUUCCCGUCAGGUCACCCUCCUUUUCCGAUGGCAUUAUUUAUCAACCUCACCAACCUCAUCAUCAUCAUCAUCAUUGUCGUCGUUGUCUUAGUGAUCAACAUCAUCGUCAUCAUUGUCUCUUUUUGGCAUCUCCAUUGCAGUAAAUGAAAGCUAAUCAAAGUUGAGCUAAUGGAAGACACCUUAAAACUUGCUCAUUUUAUCUUCUACAGGGAAACCAUUCUUGUUUUCCCUUGUCAAGAUAAACACGCGAUAUGCCUGGACUGCUUUGAG